AGCCCACCACCCCCGGAAUCUUCCUUGUUACCCUUGUUCUCUUCAUUGCGCCAGGUCUUGCAUCUCUGUAAGCCAGUAUUCUGCAUUUUGCUACUAGGUACUUGGACGAGGAUCAUCAUCAACAGAACAAUGGAUACCUUCCAACGCCUUCUAUUUGGCUUCUCCGUCCGCCAGCAGGAAAGCCGCAGGGCCCCGCCUGGCCGGAAGCCAUCUUCUGCAAACCUUUCAAACGAUGUAGUGCCAUCAACAAUUCUGUUGCCUACCCAUAACGAUGUGCAAAAACCUACCAAACUCACUGAAAGUGGGACUUUGCCGUCAGCAGUUCGUAGGCCAGGGAAUGUGUCAGGCGGUAAAUCAGCGAUAGACAAGGCACAAUCGAUGGCAAACCAGUCUGCACCUCACCCUCUGGCACGUAAUCCUGUGUCAAACGCGAAUACUGGAUAUUCGCCAUCUGCUUCAAUCGCCCCUCCGCGAGGAAAUACCAUGCCAAACUCGGACAUCAAAUCUUACAGAACUGGAGCUUCGACCUCUGGCAAUCUCGAUACUCGCCCCUGUGGGCCUGACAGUGGGCCCCGUUUGGCCACCAAACCACCAGCAGUUCCAUCGCCCCUGUAUCGUCAAAACACUGCAACACAGGAAUCUACUCCUGUCCCCCGUGACGUCGCCGGCUUUCAUGAACCCAACGCUGUACCUGGGCUAACCACCCAGCCAUCAAAUUUUGUUACGCCCACGCAUCAGAAUGGCACGUCAGAGGCUGGUGGGAUGCAAGUGCCAGCUUCUGUACAUCGCAAGGAUGCUCGCUCUCGUGAAUCUCACACUGUGCCCAGCCAAACGAUGACGCCACGGACGGUUGCUUCGUCUUUGCGUCGUAAUGGCACUUCGGAUGGUACGACAAAUAUUGGAGCUCAAAUGACAGGUUCCCCGUCACCCAAUAUCCCUGGCCCGCAUGAGCCAGAUCCCGUACUUCGUCAAACCGCCCAGUCGUCGAUGGUUCUGACUUCUGCCUGUACCCUAUAAUGCUCUUGUUCGUGAGCCCGACGCUGCGACCCCUGAAUGCCAAAACUAUAACACAACACAAAUCGAUCCGGCCUGCACGACUAGCGAAGAAUUAUCACUGAAGGAAACGGAGUCCAGCUGUGGUAGUCACUCGCCGACAAAGCAAACAACUGAUCUGCA